AUGAACAAGAUCCGCGCCAUCCAGGAGUUGAAUAAGAAGGAGAUCGAACAUGGAAUCUCCCCCGAAGGCUCCUGGCACGUCGACUACCGCGACACGGCCUACAUCUAUUUCGGCGGUCUUCCCUACGAGAUGUCCGAAGGCGACGUAAUCACAAUCUUCUCCCAGUUCGGCGAGCCUGUGUGGCUCAAGCUUGCCCGCGACAAGGAGACGGGCAAGUCCAAGGGCUUCGGAUGGCUGAAGUACGAAGACCAGCGCAGCUGCGACCUCGCAGUCGACAACCUCGGCGGCGCGACGAUCGGCAGCCGCAUGAUCAGCGUAGACCACGCGCGCUACAAGUUCCGCGACGACGAGGACCCGGAUGAGGGCAAGGUGGACUGGGCGACUGUCUCGAAGCUCGAGGGCGACGGCGACAAGACGGACGAGGAGUCCGACGAAGAGGAGGAGGAGCGGCCGCAGCUGCCGGAGGAGAGGGAGCUUGCGCUUCUGAUCAGAGACCACGAUGACGACGAUCCGAUGAAGGAGUUCUUGAUCGAGGAGAAGAAGAAGGAGAUACAGGAGGCUUUGGCGCGGCGUGGGGACAAGUCUGAGAGGAGGAAGAAGCACAAACAUCGUCACCGAUCGCAUCGGUCGCGGCGGCACGAUAGUGACGAGGAGAUGAGGGAUGGUGACCGGGACGAGGAUAGGCAUCGCAGCCGAAGGUCUCACCGUGACGACACGCCAGAGGAGAGGGAGCGCAAGGACGGGGAGAGAGGUUUGCGCCGUGAGAGGCGACGCGACGAUUCUCGUGACAAAGAGUCGACAAGGGAUGACAAGAGUCGCCGAGAUAGGGACCGAUCCAAGGACCGGAGGAAUCGCGACCGCGGGCGAGACGAUGAUCGUAGAAGGGAGCGUCGCCAUCGUGAUCGUGACGACUCGGAAGAACGCCACCACAGAAGACACAGAGAUCGCGACGAGGAGCCGCGGCACAAGAGGAGAACAAGAAGCAGGUCGCCAUAG